GCCGUCAGGUGCACAGAUGAGUAACUCCAGACACGUUCGUUUGGGUGUAGUCUAAUUUAACACUCCCUCGUGUGGUGGACUAUGUCGGUUAGCAGCACGGCUGGCUUUGUAGCUUCCACUGCUAUGCAUCUCAUGUUACGGCAAAAAAAUAGCAGCUAGCUAACGUCAAUGUGCAACUUCCUUUAUUCUUUUUUUAUAAAUCUCGCGGCUGUCUUCGGGGCUUGACUUAAAGAAUUUUUCGGUCCAAGUUGUAGCAUCUAGAUUCAGAGAGAAUACGCUCCAGCUUUUGCAGCAGAUGACAGGGGACAUCAGGACUUAAAGUAUUCCCAGGAUUUGCUACAAGACUGAGAGACAGAUUGACUGCUGGACCAGUAGAAGAUGGACUAACUGUCACAAUUCUCAUCAACCCCUCACCUCCCUCUUACCACCCACCUGUGGGGCCCCUGGAUGCCCCUCAGGCAGCAGGAGUGAUGCCAGGCGGCAGGCUGAGUGCCAGGCACCCGCUGUGGCGCCUCUUGUCACUAUUCCGCAGCCACCAGGAGCGAGUGGUGCUGAGCCGCAGCGAGAGCCUGCCAGGGGAGCAGGUACUAAAGAUCACAGUCACAGAGACUACUGUGAUAGAGACCGAGUCAGGGGUAUGGAACUGGCGCUCCGUAACCUACCUGGGCCUGUGGUACUUCUUCAGCUUCUGCACCCUGUUCCUCAACAAGUACAUCCUGUCACUGCUAGAGGGGGAACCCAGCAUGCUUGGUGCAGUUCAGAUGCUCUCCACCACCAUAAUUGGCUUCCUAAAAAUGUUUGUGCCCUGUUGCCUGUACCAGCACAAGUCCAGAACAGAGUACCCCCCCAACUUCAUCAUGAUCAUGCUGUUUGUUGGGCUCAUGAGGUUCACCACAGUGGUUCUGGGCUUGGUGAGCCUGAAGAAUGUGGCAGUGUCUUUUGCAGAGACAGUGAAGAGCUCAGCACCCAUCUUCACUGUCAUCAUGUCCAGGCUGAUCCUCGGAGAGUACACAGGACUGUGGGUGAACCUGUCCCUGUUGCCCGUCAUGGCCGGUCUGGGCCUCUGCACAGCCACGGAGAUUAGCUUCAACAUGCUCGGCUUCUCCGCCGCUCUCUCCACCAACAUCAUGGACUGUUUGCAGAACGUAUUCUCCAAAAAACUGCUAAGUGGAGACACAUACAAAUUCAGCCCUCUAGAACUGCAGUUCUAUACCAGCGCAGCAGCAGUCAUCAUGCUUAUACCUGCCUGGGUGUUCCUCCUGGACAUCCCAGUGAUUGGGAAGAGUGGGCGAAGCUUCAUCUUUAGUCAAGACGUUGUCCUGUUGCUGCUUUUCGACGGUGUCCUGUUCCACCUGCAGAGCGUCACUGCCUAUGCUCUCAUGGGACGGAUUUCCCCUGUUACCUUCAGUGUUGCCAGUACUGUCAAACAUGCCAUGUUGGUUUGGCUGAGCAUCCUCGUGUUCAAUAACCAGAUCACCAUCGUCAGCGCCCUUGGCACCGUCCUCGUGUUCAUCGGGGUCUUCCUGUACAACAAGGCCAGACAGUUCCAGAGGGAAACCUUCCAGGCCGUGGCUUCAGAGCAGAACCCCAAACCACUUCUGCAGGACCAGAAUUUCCGAGCCCCUCAGCCACACUGAGUACUCGACACUUCACACUAAAAUGCUGCCUGAAAUGAGAUCACGGUCUUAACCAAAUUCAGUUUGCUUAUCUUUGGCUGUCCAGACAGUAUGCCUGGACACAUUCCAGUUUGUUUUGUUUUCCCAGGAUGCAUUUAGUGUCUCUGUCAUGUCCUAGAGCUUAAGGUCAACCUUUGUGACUGGCUUGGUACAGGUCAGUGUCUGUUUGAUGAAAUUAUCCCUAGUGCUGUGGAGCAGCUUAGACAGUAUUUAUUUGUCCGUGACCUGAUUACGUCCUUGUAUCUAAUCAUCCUUGAUCUUUUGCUUUGUUGAAUAUCUGUCAGUAAAAGGAGAAUCUCAGGGUUUCCUUCAGCUUUUUGAAGGAAUUGACUUCUGUAAGUUUUUUUUUUUACAUUUGCAUUCCAGGUUGUGCUUGUUUAUCUUUCAUCUGUGGUACAGCAGCUGCUGAUUGUAUGUUAUUGUAAAUAUGUGUAAAGCAUUGAAGCUGUAAUAUUUUAAUUAUGUGAUGGUGUAACCUACACUGUAUCAUACAAUGUCCAAUUUAUCUUGAUUGCAUCUUAAUAUAAGAUGUGAAUAGGGCACCAGUGCCUGAGAUGGGAGGCCUUAUCACAGGGUUGUCCAGCCAAAGCAUAGACUUACCAUUUUUUUUACACAUUUUUUAAACAAUGUGUGCAUUUAAAGCCACUUACUGCAUUCUAGGAAUGCUCAACCUCCAUCAUGAACUGUUGCGGGUGUAUGUUCUUGCAUUUCUUCUAAUGUUUUGUUUUGUUGUAAACUGACUCCCCCAAUGCAUGUAGGGAUAGCAGACCCAGGGACCGUCAACAGGAAACGAGCCUUGAGAAUGAAGAUCACACAUUUAUAAUCUUAAAGAACAAUGGUUUAUUACGAGUUUUAUUUUUGGGGCUCAGCCCAUCGGUUCUAUUGGUUAGGCAAUCAGACAGGUUUUAAACAAACAAAGGCAAACUGUAAAAUUCAUACACGACCUGCCUGUUGUAAACAUCAAACACGGUUCCAAACCAACUUUUCUGGUUCAAGCGUCAACUCAGUUUUCUUGCAAGGGGGACAUUUUGUAAAAAUACACUCACUCUUUGCCUGUUUUUCCAGUAUGUGGUCAAAUGUCUGGGUCACAAGCUCUCUGAUUGACUAAUAAAAUAAAACUUGUAAGUUGGCCACUUGCAUCAAACCCCAGUUACAUUAUACAGGUAGGAUUCAAUGUAAAAACCUACUUCGGUGAACCAUGCUGGGAUUGUUGCUACUUUUAAACAUACAUCAGAUGUUCACGAUAACUUCAUGAUACAAGUGUUGAAAUUCACAUUCAGUAAGUGACUUUUACAUUUUGGCAUCUGGCCAAAAACAGCUGCAUAUAAUCAUACUGCUCCGAGUCUCCUACUCUACUAGUUUGUGUUUCCAGCCUUCUCUCCUAAUUUUUCUGAGGUUAGUGACUAACAAAGUCCAUCAGUUAUCUGAUUGGACAAAUCUGUGUUAAUCAUUGUCAGUCUGACAAACCAUCGGUUUGAGCAUUUAAAUAUUGCUCUAUAUUUGCUGUGUUUUUAUUUUUCUUUCUGUUCUGACCUGUGGGCUUACGCUAAGUUUUGAAUUUCACCAGAAGUUUGUCUGACUUUUUAAUUAACAUUAUAAACACAUUCAUUCUUUACGAUUAUUUCCUGUUAUUUAGGAUUUGUUUCUUAAAGUGCUUAUAAAAACCAGAUGUGGGCUUAGAUUUGAUAUUGAUACCCUACAAAUGUGUUUUUACACUUCUCUUCCAUAUAUAGUCAUUGGAAUGCUGCUUAGAGAGGCUAGUCCAAACAUGCUGAGGUGGGAAGUGUUGAGGUAGGAGAGAUCACUUAUGAACUGUUUGGGAACGUGCAAAUCAAAGAUGUUAAAAUAUUCACUAAUGUGAUUCUUAAGUGAGGAUGUAAUGAUGUUUGGUGGGUGGAUACUGUGCAGAAAAUAAAAGUAUUUUCUCUUGGGCA